AUGCAGAACGCAGUGGACGAUGUGUAUUGUAUUCCUACCUGCGCUUCCCGCGCUGCACCCCGUAUGAUGAGUACGCGCUGUUCCGCUGUUCCACGCCUCAAAACCAUUCUCCUUCCCCAUUGCACCCUCCCCCAGGUGGCAAGGGCGUGCUGGGCGUUGAGAGCCAAGAAGUGGUGGUGCCUCUCCGGUACUCCCAUGCACGACGACGCUCAGAACGCGGUGAACGACGUGUAUUCCUACCUGCACUCGCCCCGUUCAUCUCCUUCAUCCCCUUCAUCCCCCUCCUCUCCCCUCCCUCAGGUGGCAAGGGCGUGCUGGGAUUUAAGAGCCAAGAAGCGGUGGUGCUUGUUGGGAACGCCCAUGCAGAACGCCGUGGACGAUGUGUAUUCCUACCUGCGCUUCCUGCGCUUCUUGUGCUUCCUGGUUGACCUUCCCCCCACCCACCCCCAGGUAGCGAGAGCAUGUUGGGCUCUGAGGGCCAAGAAGCGGUGGUGCCUGUCGGGAACGCCCAUGCAGAAUGCGGUGGACGAUGUGUAUUCCUACCUGCGCUUCCUGCGCUUCACCCCGUACGACGAGUACGCGUCCUUCCGCACCACCAUCAAGGACCCCAUCACGCGCAACCCCUCCCAGGGCUUUAAGCGCCUGCAGGCCGUGCUGCUGGCUGUCAUGCUGCGCCGCACCAAGGCCACGCGCAUCAAGGGGGCGCCCAUAGUGAACCUGCCACCGCGCAUAGUGGCGCUGCAGCGAGCGGAGUUCACAGCAGAGGAGAGGGCCUUCUAUCUCUCUCUCGAGGCCUCCUCCAAGCGCCAGUUCCACGACUACGCGGCAGCGGGCACGGUGCAAAACAACUACAUGCACAUUCUCACGAUGCUGCUGCGCCUGCGCCAGGCCUGCAACCACCCCGCCCUCGCCAAGGGCGCCCCCAUCGCGCCAGACACCCGGACCAGAGGCAAUGGAGGAGGAGGAGCAGCAUCGCGGGGGAGGGGCGGGGCUGGCGGAGGGGGAGGGGGGAGUGGUGGGGCGCCGGGGAGGCGGAGUGUGUUUGCCGGGUCAGUAGGGAGGCUAUCAGUGGGUAAGCGCGCCGAGCUAGUUCGGCAGGUUGCACAGGUGGGGGGAGAGGCAGUGUGUGAGUUAUGUGGGGAUGCAGCGGAGGUGCCGGUGCUGUCGGUGUGCCUGCACACCUUCUGCGAGCAAUGUGCCCUGCAGCACCUCGCUCAGUGUGAUCCCGCCCUCUGCCCCUGCUGCUCCAAAGCCCUCUCGCCUGCUUCGCUCUGCCAGUUUUCGGAGCUGGAAGGUGGAGGGAGCGCCGGGAUGGGUGCGGGAGGGGUGGUGAUGGGUGGUGGUGGGGGUGGGAUGGGGAUGGGAGCAGCGGCAGGCGCGUUAGCACCAACUUCACUGGCAGACAGGAGGGGAGGGCAGCAGCAGCAGCAGCAGCAGCAGCAGCAGCAGCAGCAGCAGCAGCAGCAGCAGCAGCAGCAGCAGCAGCAGCAGCAGCAGCAGCAGCAGCAGCAGCAGCAGCAGCAGCAGCAGCAGCAGCAGCAGCAGCAGCAGCAGCAGCAGCAGCAGCAGCAGCAGCAGCAGCAGCAGCAGCAGCAGCAGCAGCAGCAGCAGCAGCAGCAGCAGCAGCAGCAGCAGCAGCUGGAGGCUGAAAAUGAUCCGCUCUUCUUCUCUCCCUCGCGCAUGUCCACCAAGGCUCGUGCCGUCCUCAACUACCUUCUCGCCCUCCCUCUCAUGCCCGCUGCUCCUCCUCCUUCUUCCGCUGGCCCUGCUGCUGCUGCUGCCCUCCCUCUCAUGCUCCCUGCUCCCCUUCCUUCGUCUGCUUCUCCUCCUGCUGCUGCUACUCUUCCCACCUCCUCACUUCCCUCCUCUCUCCCAUCCUCCUUUCCCUCCUCCCUUCCCUCCUCCAUUCCCUUCUCCGGUCCCGCCUCUCUCCCAUCCUCCCAUCCCUCUUCCCUCCCGCCAUCGCAUCCCACCAUGCCCCCACCCAGUGCACGUACUGUCUCUGGCCCUGUUCUCUCAAGUACCCCUCCCACCUCCAAUUCAUUCAUUUUCACUCCUCCACCUCCACCUCCCACCUCCGCACCUCCCACUUCCACUCCUCCCACCUCCCUUCCCUCCUCUACCCCUCCCUCUGUGGAGGAAGAGGUGAGAGGUGGGGCAGUGGGAGGGGGUGCAGAAGACUGUGCAACGAGACAUGACGCUGGUGCAGCAGGUGCAGGUGGAAAUUCUGGUGGGGUUGGGGGCCUGGGAGAGGUCAAGCAGGAGGCAUGCGACGGGGGAGGUGAUGGGGGAUUGUUGCAACAGGGAGAAGGGACGAGUGUGCAGCCGCAGCAGCAACAGCAACAACCACAACAGCAACAGCAGCAGCAACAGCAACAGCAACAACCACAACAGCAACAGCAGCAGCAACAGCAACAGCAACAACCACAACAGCAACAGCAGCAGCAGCAGCAACAGCAACAACCACAACAGCAACAGCAGCAGCAACAGCAACAGCAAGAACAGAAGCAAGAACCAGAGGAGGCAGGGUGGAUGGCGGGGCUGUGGGCAGAGAUUGCGGCAAGCGCUGUGCUGGAGGAGGAGGAUGUGGGGCCGCCAGGGGCAGAUGUGGCACCUGGGGAAGGGACACCUGGGGAAGGGGCACCUGGGGAAGGGGCACCUGGUGGGUGGGUACCUGAUGUACCGUCUGCACGUUUGACAGGAGGUGCAGUGAAAGACGAAAUGGUUGAGAGUGGUGGGGAUGGGGAUGCAGGGGUGUUUGGUCCAUCAGGUGGGCGGGCACCUGACCUACCACCACCUGGUCCACCACCUGAUGCACCUGACUCAACACCUGACGUCCCGGAUGUAAAACCUGCUGUCUUUGCUUUAGCUUCUGCUGCACCUGGUUCUAGACCUGACGUGCCUGAUGUCAAGCCUGCAAUUGCUUCAGUAACUGUCGCUGCACCUGACUCUACACCUGCUGCAGCAUCUGUUGCACCUGACUCUACACCUGCUGCAGCAUCUGUUGCACCUGAGUCUACACCUGCUGCAGCAGGUCGUGCCACAGUCAAGAGGGAAGAGCAAGGGGCCGGGGGGGCAAGAGCUGCUCUGAUGAGGGGUGCGGGGGCUGAUGUGGCUGGGGGAGUAGUGAAGGCGGAGAAGCAGGAGGCACAGGAGGGGGUGGGGGUGGAGGUGGGGGUGGGGUUGAGUGAGGAAAACACUGCCAGGCUGGUUGGGCUGAUGGGGCAGGCAGACCAGGCAGGGCAGAUUGGGCCGGCGGGGCAGAUUGGGCAGGCGGGGCAGAUUGGGCAGGCGGGGCAGAUUGGGCAGGCGGAAGAGGCGGGAGAGGCGGGGUCUUGGCAAGCAGCUGGGAUGGCAAAGGGGUGCGAGGAAGGUUCCGUGGAAGGUGGUGAGGGGAGUGGAGGUGGAGCAAGAGGGGCGUGUGGCAGUCCAGCUAGGUUCCAGAUCUCAGCAGCGGCGCUUGCAUCAGCGCUGCGGCAUGUGGCACUGCCGCCUUCAGUUUCCCCUGCCGCCCCUGCUGCCCCUGCCGCCCCUGCACCCCAUGCACCCUCUGCCGCCCCUGCAACCCAUGCACCCACUGCUGCCCCUGUCUCUCACGCUCACUCCGCUGCCCCUGCACCACUCGCUCCCUCUGCUGCCCCUGUGCCCCAUCCGCCCCUUGCCUCUCCUACACCAUCUGCUCACCUCCCUCCCCUCGCACCCCCUGCAGCCGCCCACCUCCCCCGCCCCGCUCCUCCUCCACCUGCCCCUCUGUUUGCUGCUCCUGUGGCAAACACAACAGUCAGGGCGACAGACGGGCAAGCGAGGGCAAGCACAGAACACCGUGAGCUGGCACUGGUGCCUGUGGCACAGGAGAACGGAUUACCGAAUGCAGGGGAGGAGGUGGCGAGAGAUCUAGCACUAGUAAACACUCCCUCGGAGGAGAGGGGGAAGGCGAUAGUGAGUGCUGGCUCUCCCUUAAUGGUGAGGGGGAAGGCGAUAGUGAGUGCUGGCUCUCCCUUAAUGGUGAGGGGGAAGGCGAUAGUGAGUGCUGGCUCUCCCUUAAUGGUGAGGGGGAAGGCGAUAGUGAGUGCUGGCUCUCCCUUAAUGGUGAGGGGGAAGGCGAUAGUGAGUGCUGGCUCUCCCUUAAUGGUGAGGGGGAAGGCGAUAGUGAGUGCUGGCUCUCCCUUAAUGGUGAGGGGGAAGGCGAUAGUGAGUGCUGGCUCUCCCUUAAUGGUGAGGGGGAAGGCGAUAGUGAGUGCUGGCUCUCCCUUAAUGGUGAGGGGGAAGGCGAUAGUGAGUGCUGGCUCUCCCUUAAUGGUGAGGGGGAAGGCGAUAGUGAGUGCUGGCUCUCCCUUAAUGGUGAGGGGGAAGGCGAUAGUGAGUGCUGGCUCUCCCUUAAUGGUGAGGGGGAAGGCGAUAGUGAGUGCUGGCUCUCCCUUAAUGGUGAGGGGGAAGGCGAUAGUGAGUGCUGGCUCUCCCUUAAUGGUGAGGGGGAAGGCGAUAGUGAGUGCUGGCUCUCCCUUAAUGGUGAGGGGGAAGGCGAUAGUGAGUGCUGGCUCUCCCUUAAUGGUGAGGGGGAAGGCGAUAGUGAGUGCUGGCUCUCCCUUAAUGGUGAGGGGGAAGGCGAUAGUGAGUGCUGGCUCUCCCUUAAUGGUGAGGGGGAAGGCGAUAGUGAGUGCUGGCUCUCCCUUAAUGGUGAGGGGGAAGGCGAUAGUGAGUGCUGGCUCUCCCUUAAUGGUGAGGGGGAAGGCGAUAGUGUUUCCGCAGUGGACGCGCCUGCUGGAUCUCCUCGAGCUGCACCUGGCUGCUGCUGGCAUUUCCCACGUGCGCCUCGACGGCACCAUGUCCGUCACCGCUCGAGACAGGGCCAUCGCUGAUUUCACCUCUGAUCCACAGGUCGGUGGUAUUCCCAAGGUUGGUCGGUGGUAUUCCCAAGGUUGGUCGGUGGUAUUCCCAAGGCUGGUAGGUGGCAUUCCCAAGGCUGGUAGGUGGUACCCCCAAGGCUGGCCGCUGCACCUGGCUGUUGCCGCCAUCCCCCACGUGCGCCUCGAUGGCACCAUGUCAGUGGCCUCUCGAACGCACUCCAACACACCCCUCAGUACUUGUAUUGUGCAGCCUAACACCCCCAUCCCUGCACCCAUUCACAUCACAGUGAUUUUCUUCGUGACCCUUCUCUCCCCCCCCCAUCAGAUCACGGUGAUCCUCGUGUCUCUGAAAGCAGCCAGCAUCACGGUGAUCCUCGUGUCCCUGAAAGCAGCCAGCGUGGGGCUCAAUCUGAUAGCGGCGAACCACGUGAUACUCAUGGACCUCUGGUGGAACCCCGCAGUGGAGGAUCAGGCAAUUGACCGUGCGCACCGCAUCGGCCAGAUUCGCCCCGUGCGCGUGGCACGCUUCACCGUGGCCGAUACCAUCGAGGACCGAAUCCUGGAGCUGCAGGUGGGUGGGGGAGGGUCUCGGGGGGUUGGAUCCUGGAGCUGCAGGUGCGUACGAGGGCUGGCUGGGAUGAGGCAUUAG